UUGAAAUCCAAGGGUGGCACUUUGGUGUGGUACGUUACCCUUGGCGCUUUUUCAUAAUUCAGAAAACAAGCGAUGGAGUGCACUUCAGAACCAGAUAAAGAAUCAGAAAAAAGUUUAGAUGAAGUGUGUGAAAAAAUGAAUCUGGUGGCGGAAUUGAAUGGGGAUUCAUCGGUGAAACCAGCGACGAAAAAGAAAAAGAAACAUAAAAAGAAGUCUGGAAAAUGCAAAAAUGGUAACGAUGAGAUGAGGUUCAAGGAAAAUGAGGCAGGAGACAUUUCAGUUGACCGUAGUGAAAACGCAUCUUCUACUGUUAAAGCGUCAAGCAAAACAUCUAAAUCUCAAGCUCCAAGUGUCACACGUCAGACAGACCCUCCUUCUAUCCCUAUUUGUCAAUUGUAUCCCAAAGGAGAUUACCCAGUCGGUGAAAUUAUUGAUUACGAACCAAAUACUGAUUGUCGUACAGCUAUCAACCGCACAACGUCAGAAGAAUGCAAAGCCCGUGACAGUGCUCAUGUAGAGAUCUAUCAACAAUUUCGUGAAGGUGCAGAGGUUCACAGGCAAACAAGAAAUUAUAUUAAAAAAUGGAUACGUCCCGGUGUUCGUCUCAUUGACAUGUGUGAAGAACUUGAACGCACUAGCCGUGCACUCAUUUUAGAACGUGGACUAGACGCGGGUUUAGCUUUUCCAACAGGUUGUUCAAUUAAUAAUUGUGCAGCUCAUUACACUCCAAAUGGGGGUGAUAAUACUGUUCUAAAUUACGAUGAUGUAUGCAAAAUCGAUUUUGGGGUACAUGUAAAUGGUCGUAUUAUUGAUUGUGCUUUCACACUUCACUUUAAUCCUAAAUUCGAUACUUUGGUAGAGGCUGUUAAGGAUGCAACUAAUACCGGUAUUAAGGCAGCUGGUAUUGACGUACGUUUGUGUGAUGUUGGAGCAGCUAUUCAAGAGACAAUGGAGUCCUAUGAAGUGGAAUUAGAUGGAAACACUUACCAAGUGAAACCCAUACGUAAUUUAAAUGGUCAUUCUUUGGGUCCUUACCAAAUUCAUGCAGGAAAAACUGUGCCAAUCGUACGCGGAGGGGAGCAAACUCGUAUGGAGGAAAAUGAAUAUUAUGCGAUCGAAACGUUUGGUAGUACAGGAAAAGGUUAUGUUAUCGAUGGGGAUGAAGUUUCGCAUUAUAUGAAGAACUUUGAUGUUGGACAUGUUCCUCUGAGGUUAGCCAGAUCGAAACAACUGUUAAAUGUAAUUGAUCGUAAUUUCAGUACACUUGCAUUUUGCCGUCGUUGGUUAGAUCGUCUAGGUGAGACAAAAUAUCUGAUGGCCCUCAAAAAUCUAUGUGACGUGGGAAUAGUAGAUCCAUAUCCCCCAUUGUGCGAUCAACGUGGUUGCUAUACUGCUCAAUGGGAGCAUACCAUUCUAUUAAGACCAACAUGUAAAGAAGUUGUAUCUCGUGGGGAGGAUUACUGAGUAGCUUCGGAGUUUCCAAUUCAGGGUUCACUAUAGACGUUAUAAAUUUUGUUAUUUCACUGAGAUUUAUUUUCAUUCGAACGUGUAUCCAAGUUAAUGUUUGAUACAGCAUUUGACUAUGUCUAUCAUCAUUGUUUUGUAUUUCCAGCACAUACGAUUUUCAUUUCUCUUUCCUGUAUUUUGUAACAUUAAUUGGUGUUUUAUUUUAGCGGGAAGUUUAUAGAGUGUAAGUGAAUUUUGAAAGUUAUGUACUUAGUCAACGCGACAUAUUCUACAAUGUGGCUUUUGUUAGCCUUUGUUUCUGUAAAUGUAUUCGAUUUCCCCUCUGCUUAAACGGUCACGUCAUGGUUUCAGCAGGUUAUUAUUACUUUUCGUUGUUGAGCAAGCUGUUAUUAGUAAGAAAUAAAACACCAAUCACUCAAAGAAUUUGGCGUGGAAAGAAGAAGAGGCUGGUUGAACUAUGUUAGUCAUGUCAGUGUUGGCCUAUCAAUUGGUGUAACUUUCUUCUGAAUGUGUCGACAGAUGGAGCUUCAAUCACAUGUUAAGGUAACGAGUUUCACUGAUUGACGACUCGAUGGGAAAGUCGUUAGUCAGCUGACAAGUAAUUUGUUUCGCGUUUGUGAGUGCUGUCGUAAAUUCUUUUUUUUGGAAAGCAAGAAAAAGCAGGAAAUGUCAAGUGUGAAUUGUGGAUUCUAAACAGCUGAACGAAAUACCAAUGGUCCUAGUAUAUCUUGAACGUGGACAAGACAUAAGCAAGCAAACGAAUCUAAAGUACGCACUAUGAAUUUGUAUUGUAUUAUUGCAUCAGAUUUAGACAAUAUGAAAUGCUUAAUUGUAUAUUGAACACAUUUACUGUUGACCAAACACGUUGAAUGUCUGUCUAAGUGUCUGUAAUGUAGUCUUGGAUUUACUGCGCAAAUUUUUCAUCAAUUUAAAAACUGUGAUUAAGUUGCUCUCGUAUGUGAUAAAGGAAAUUGGUCUGAUUUAACUAGCGUCUCGUCAAACAGCAUCUUUGCGAUCGUGG